CGCAAUCAAUCAGCUCUAAUAUUUCUUAAGCCUAGAUGUCUGUUUGUCAGAAUGAAAAUAAUGAUAUUAAAAUUACUCCGUUUGAAGAGGAAAAUGCUGGUUUUUAUUUAUAAUGGCGAGGGGGCUAGUGAGUUCUGUGUAAAGGAAACCAUAAAAACAUUCUCUUCUAUGGGCUGUGCCACACAACUCAUUUAUUCAGAUACUCUUGGGGUUCUCUUAGUUGCUAAGAAGCCAAGUAUUUUUGUAAUGCCAGGAGGAAGGGAUCUUCCAUAUCUACAGGAUAUUGGAUAUGAGGGGGUGGCGAUAAUCAAGGAGUUUGUAAACUCAGGCGGGAUUUAUCUUGGUUUCUGCGCAGGCGCAUACUUUGCCGCUCAUUCUGUAGAGUUUGAGUUAAAUACAGCAAUGGAGGUUAAGGGAGAUAGACCUCUUAAAUUUUUUCCUGUCGUUGCUUAUGGAACCUUAUAUCCGGAAACACAGUUUGUGUAUGGAAGUGAGGAAGGUGCUCGUGCAUCUCGGGUGAAAGCCGGUUCUGGGCAGUACAUCAACGUGUACUACAAUGGGGGUUGUGCCUUCAGAAAUCAUGGGGAUGUAGAUGUUGAUGUGUUGUGUUGGUAUACAGAUGUAGUUGGAACGCCUCCUGCUGUAGUUUAUGUUAAACAUGGACUAGGACAGGCAAUAAUAUCAGGCGUUCACUUUGAGAUAAGCCCGGAGGGGGCGCUUGACGAAGGUGUUGACCCUUCGGUUGUUGACGCAAUGGAAACAACAAACGUGCCCAAAAUACUGUUCAUGAAAAAAAUACUUGGAAUUAAUUAAACUUUAAUUAAAAACUACAUGUUAUGAUUAAAUUCAUUUGAUGUAAUUAUUGUUUCCAAUCCAAUUUAUUCUAUUAUUUGAAAUGUAGAGAGAUCUUCCUUGUUGUCAAUUUAAAAAUUGAAAAUUUAUUAGUUGAGCAAUUUAUAAAAACGGGU